GAUGGGCGAUCUAUUGUGAAAUGACUCGAAGAAAUUUUUAUUUGUUUUAUUUUGAUCGAGCAUUUUUGCGUCUCUCUUUCACACAACCUCUAUAAUUCAUGAAUUGUGAUUAUUGAUUGUGUGAUUAUUUAUUAUUGCUUCUUGUUGCAAUAAUUUUCAAUGUCGAGAGAUUAGAAAUACGAUGGUAGAGGAGAUCAUUAAUUCUAGCAACAAGCCGAAAACUAAAACGGCUCGACCACGUCCGGUAUAUUUGUGGAAUGUAUUAGACGUGCAAAAGUGGUUGAGACGACAUUGCAGUGAUUAUUAUCAGCUGUAUCACGAGAAGUUUUUGCACCAUGACAUUACAGGAAGAGUAUUGUUAAGAAUAAACGAACAUAUUUUGCUACGACUUGGUGUUGAAAAUGAACAGCACAGGAUGGACAUAUGGAGAGAAAUUAUGAAAUUGCAUCUCAAAACAGAUAUGCUAGAGAUUAGAGAUAUUGAACGACGCAAUAAUAUGAACUUUGAUUAAACUUGCAUGCAAAAUUUUUAUAUUAUAUCUUACAGUUAUAUUUUUAUAUGUAAUGUUUA